GUGGUGAGCAUUCUGGGUAGUUCGUUGUUUAUAUUCUGCGGAUGAGGCCGCAGUGGUAGUAUCGCUGUUCUUCUGUCGGAGACGAUGGCCCUGGAGACAGUGCCCAAGGACCUGCGGCAUCUCCGGGCUUGUUUGUUAUGUUCGCUGGUCAAGGUAUGCAUCGGAGACCUGACUAUAGACCAGUUUGAAUAUGAUGGUUGUGACAAUUGUGAUGCAUACCUUCAGAUGAAGGGUAACCGAGAGAUGGUAUACGAUUGCACCAGCUCUUCCUUUGAUGGAAUCAUUGCUAUGAUGAGUCCAGAGGACAGCUGGGUCUCCAAGUGGCAGCGAGUCAGUAACUUUAAGCCUGGUGUGUAUGCAGUGUCCGUCACUGGUCGCCUGCCCCAAGGAAUCGUGCGGGAGCUGAAAAGUCGAGGAGUUGCCUACAAAUCCAGAGACACAGCUAUAAAGACCUAGCAAGAUGUGUGGCUGCCAGCAUCUUUGCCGCCAUCUCCUGCCUCUGCUUAUUUAUUGUGAAACUAAAUGGACAGAACUUCAAGUACUCCUCGCUCUCCAGUUCUGAGGCUCAGCAGACUUGAGAGCAGCACAGCAUGUUCCUGGGCCCUUUUACCUUCUUUUACCUUCUUUGGACUACUCAUGAGGGGUGGCAGUGGCAUGGGUUAAGUGAAUUGAAUGUGGAAUAAGAGGCUGUUUUUCCUGCCGGCAGCCCAGGGCUGCCUCCUUGCCCAUGGGCAGGACUCUAUGGAAUGCCAAUAAACACGAACCCAAAGCCUGUGACAGAU